AAUGAUUUCCUCAGUGGAGUCACUGACUUCUGAGCCAAUAGCUAAUGCCUUCGUCAUAGUUUUCUGGGGGGAAACUAACUUUGCGUUGCUUCUGCCGAUGCCCAACUCCCCUUCAAUCCUGGACCUUGGUGCUGAGCACACAGCAAAAAGUUUUUAGCUUCUCCUCAGUUUCUGGUGCUUUGGUUUCAAACAACGAGAGUCGGGCAGGGAACCAUCUCCUGUAACUUUUCUUCUCUGUUACCGUUUGCGAUGAAGAGGAAACAGAAGAGAUUUCUGCAGAUGACUUUGUUAUUCAUGGUGGCUUUAAUUUUCCUGCCCAAUAUCGGCCUCUGGUCUCUAUACAAGGAGAAGCACCUGGUGAAAUCCCCUGAGCCCGGGGAGCCGCAGACAUUCCCACUGGGCCUGGGAGAUGGGCAGUUCUAUGCAUGGACAGAUGGUUUGAGAAGAAAGGACUGGCAUGACUAUGGCAGCAUGCAGAAAGAGGCUAUGCGCUCAGGGAAAGGGGAACAUGGAAAACCUUACCCCCUCACUGAGGAGGACCAUGAUGACUCAGCUUACAGGGAAAACGGUUUCAAUAUUUUCGUCAGCAACAACAUCGCUCUAGAGAGGUCCCUGCCAGAUAUCCGGCACGCCAACUGUAAGCACAAGAUGUACCUGGAAAGGCUGCCAAACACCAGCAUCAUUAUCCCGUUCCAUAACGAAGGCUGGACCUCCCUCCUCCGGACCAUACACAGCAUCAUCAACCGGACCCCGGAGAGUCUGAUCGCAGAAAUCAUCCUGGUUGAUGACUUCAGUGAUAGAGAACACUUGAAGGAGAAGCUGGAAGAGUACAUGGCUCGGUUUUCCAAGGUGAGGAUCGUCCGCACCAGGAAAAGGGAAGGGCUGAUCCGGACCCGACUCCUGGGGGCGUCCAUGGCCAGAGGCGAGGUCCUGACGUUCCUCGACUCCCACUGUGAGGUCAACGUCAACUGGCUGCCCCCGCUCCUCGACCAAAUUGCAUUAAACCACAAGACCAUUGUUUGCCCCAUGAUCGACGUCAUCGACCACAAUCACUUUGGGUACGAGGCGCAAGCCGGGGAUGCCAUGCGUGGUGCCUUCGACUGGGAAAUGUACUACAAGAGGAUCCCCAUCCCACCAGAGCUGCAGAGGGCGGACCCCAGUGACCCUUUUGAGUCUCCCGUUAUGGCUGGAGGUCUCUUUGCUGUGGAUCGCAAAUGGUUUUGGGAGUUGGGUGGCUAUGAUCCAGGUCUGGAGAUCUGGGGAGGAGAGCAGUAUGAAAUUUCUUUCAAGGUCUGGAUGUGUGGAGGAGAAAUGUUUGACGUUCCGUGUUCCAGGGUCGGUCAUAUCUACAGAAAGUACGUCCCUUAUAAAGUUCCAUCUGGGACCAGCCUGGCGAGAAACCUGAAGCGGGUGGCAGAGACCUGGAUGGACGAGUUCGCCGAGUACAUUUACCAGCGGCGCCCGGAGUACCGGCACCUGUCCCCCGGGGACCUCUCGGCGCAGAAGGAGCUGCGCAGACAGCUCAAGUGCAAGGACUUCAAGUGGUUCAUGGCAGCCGUGGCCUGGGACGUGCCCAAGUACUACCCUCCGGUGGAGCCCCCGCCCGCGGCCUGGGGGGAGCUUCGAAACGUGGCAGCAAACCUCUGCGUGGACAGCAAGCAUGGAGCCACGGGGACCGAGUUAAGGCUGGACGUCUGCGUCAAGGAUGGUUCUGAGAGGACCUGGUCUCAUGAGCAGCUCUUCACCUUCGGCUGGAGAGAGGAUAUCCGGCCAGGUGAGCCCCUGCACACUCGGAAGUUCUGCUUCGAUGCCGUGUCCCACAGCAGCCCCGUCACUCUCUACGACUGUCACGGCAUGAAGGGGAACCAGCUCUGGGGCCAUCGGAAGGACAGAACGUUGUUCCAUCCUGUGAGUAACAGCUGCAUGGACUGUAACCCUGCAGAGAAGAAGAUCUUCAUGGCCAGAUGCGAUCCUCUCUCAGAGACUCAGCAGUGGGUUUUUGAACAUAUUAAUAUGACUGUUUUAGAAAAAUUUAACUACCAUGCCAGUUCCUAGGAAGAAAAAAAAAGGAAGGACGAAAAGAGUGAUUCCCUACAGAUGAUAAAAAAAUUCAACUUUAGCCAGCCUCUGGGUCAAAGGAGUCAGGAAUAACUUUUCCUAGAUCCGGGAAGCCUGGUUGGAAAGAUCUGUAAAUGCCUUGUCCAGGUACGGCAUCCUGAAGAACUUCCUGCAUCUCGAAGAACUUGGCUGAGAACCUCGCCAGCUGCUUCCGAGAACUUUGAGCAGUCCCCUUGCUGGCCAAGGGCAAAGAUGACUUAGGGACCUUUCCAAACAACUGCUGAGUUAAUAAAUCCUAGCAUUUCUCAGGUCAAA